AUGCCGGGAGCGGGCGGCCGCCUACGCCUGCCCUCGCUGGGCACCGACUCGCCCUCCAGGUCCUCCUCUGGGGCUGCCGGCGGCGGCGGCGGCGGCGCGGUCAGCCAGCAGCAGCGCGUCGUGGUGAUGGGCGCGGCGCGCGUCGGCAAGUCGGCCAUCAUAUCGCAGUUCCUGUACGACCGCUGGCCGGCCAAGUACCGCCAGACGGUGGAGGAGCUGCACCGCGGCGAGUACGAGCUGCCAGACGGCGCCGCGCUCACGCUCGACAUCCUGGACACGGCGGGCGCGCACCAGUUCCCCGCCAUGCGCGCCCUCUCCAUCGCCACGGCGCACGCCUUCCUGCUCGUCUACGCCAUAGACGACGACGCCUCCUGGGAUGAGGUGCGCCGCCUCCGGCAGCAGAUUGUGGAAGCGCGUGGCAACGGCGUGCCCAUAGUGGUGGUGGGCAAUAAGGAUGACCUGCCGGACGCCGAGAGGCAGGUGGCGCGCGAGGUGGCCGAGACGACGGCACUAUUCGAGUGGGAGUGCGGCUACGUGGAGUGCUCGGCCAAGGAGAACACGCAUAUCAUCGACGUGUUCAAGGCGCUGCUGGCGCAGGCAAAGGUGCGCUACAACCUCAGCCCGGCUGUGCGCCGCCGCCGCCAGUCGCUGCCCAACUACCCGACCGGGCAGCAAGCCCGCGGCACGCGCUACAUGCUCAAGAGGAACUCCUGCUCCGUCGCAUGAGCGCCUCACCCUUCACGGCCGCUGGUCGGCCGCUGUUAGUAUUGGAUAUGGCGGGGCUCCGCAAAUGGCUUCUUUGGGCGAUCGCGUUUCUACCAGCGCCCAGAACACGAAUUUUUUAAAAUUUCAGGUGGGGCACAUGGCGAGCAUUUCGAGCUUUACCUCGACAGGCUUCUUAUAGCAGUUUCGCAGUUUACUUUCAGUCUUUUGCACGAGCUACUAUUGAAGGGACAACUGUCUUAUUUCCAGACAACAUCAUCUGGAACAGCAACAGCAUCGUUACAAAUGGAGCUCUAGUUUUGUUGCGCUUCAAAGAGAAAAAGUUUGCUGACAUACAGUAAAGAAAUUGCGAUUAGUACUUAACCAGAUACUUCACGUAUAAUUAAGGAGGCAACUUCGAGGAACAUUGUAUUGCCAUGUAAUGCUUAGCACACUGUUAUCUGCAGUCAACGUUAAUUUAAAAUUUACGUGAGGGCGGGUCGAGUGAAGUUGAAGUGUUUGCUGUGUGCCGUAACUGAUAACCAAGCUCACACCAUUUUGCUUCAGUUUAAGCUUAAUGUGUCCCCGUUGUGUUUUAUGUACAAGGUUUGCAAGGUUGACGUUUUCUGGCAAAUGAUGAAACGGAAUUCAAAUCGCACCGAUAUUUAAGCGAAGGUUGCGACUAAACGAGACAAAAGUGAGAUCGCACUUUUGGAGCAGACAAUGUAAAAUUAUCUGUGUAGUAACCAGCAGCUAUUUACAAAAUAUCUCUGUCUGCACACUGAUUAAAUAAUUGACACCUAAUACUCUUAUUGCUUCAAUACAGUUAGUCGAAUUUCCGAGGUCUCUUCAAGCUCUCCUACCGUCGAUUGUGGAGAGUCCUCGAAAGUUCGACGGGAAAUCUUAUUCUGAUGUUAUAUUUUAAUGGUUCAUCAGUCAUUAUAUAGUUUAAGUUGUUUGUCUUCCUAAAGGGAAUACUGUAGCAAGACCAUUAUAAAAACUCAGGCGGUUGUUAAAAAGCAAAAUUUUUGUGUGGAAUCGAGUGGGAAUGAAAUUGAGGAGAGGCUGAUUAUCGUUGCAACUCACAAGUUCACUGUGUCAUUCAAAUCAUUUCUUUUCUUGAUUAUUUUGCAUAACAUUUCGCAUUAACUUUGGAAAGCUUUUACAACGUAGCUAUCUCAAUUCAUUCCAAGACAAUAUUUUCUUUCUUUCUUAGGAAAAUGUUUGACCGUAUCUCAGAGAAAAGCUUAUUCUACUUCAACGCAAUGUUGAUCACGCAUGAUUGCCAAAGAUCUAUCUUCGAUUAAAGUUGCUCAUUUCAUUGCGUCAUAGGUACCAGACUGAUGUGGAAAUUUUGUAGUGACAAUGUAUUUAUUACAGAUAUUGUAAGGCAUGUGGGUUAUUAAUUAUAUUAUGUCUUCUAAAUUUCCCCUAAUGCUUUCUUUAAUCAUUCAGAUGACGAUAUCAUUACA